CCCAUCGUCUCCCUCAUCUCUAGAGCUCUCAUUAUAUCUUCUUUCCUUCUCUCUCGUCCUCCUGAACAUUUACAAUGGCAUUUUGGCGUAAAUCAGAGAAGACUUUGAUUCCACCCGUCCAGUCGGAGGAGUCCAAGCGCAACGAGCUCCUCGGCUCGCGCGGCAACAGCACAUCUUCCCGCCCGCCCAGCAACUUCUCUCGCUCGACCUCCUCCACUUACGUUGCUAGUCGCGAUGGCGAUCCUUACAACUCCACUCCGUCUGGUACCCCUCCUCCCCAGAACAACUACGGUGGUGACCGCUACGUGCGCCAGAACGCCGUAGGCGAUCCCUACUCACGCGGUCGGGGCGACAUCAACCAGGAUCGGAACGAGCUCUUCUCAGGCUACAAACCUCCACAGCAGGGCUCUGGACGCUUCUUCAAUGACGGCCCCACCGGGGGUGCGCCACGGCGCGGGACGCCGCCUCCCGGCGAGGAGAACGAGGAGGAUGUGGAGGGGAUCAAGCAGGACAUGCGCUUCCUCAAGCAGGACAGUGUCAACUCGACACGUAAUGCUCUGCGCCUUGCGCGCGAGGCUGAGGAGACCGCCCGCAACACGGUCUCCAAGCUCGGGUCUCAGUCCGAGAAACUCGCUGACACCGAGCGGCACCUGGACGUCUCGAAGGGCUACUCGCUGCGCGCGGCGGACAAGACCGACGAGCUGAAGCAGCUCAACCGGUCGAUCUUCCGCCCGGUCAUCACGUUCAACAAGGACGCGAAGCGCGCGGCGCAGGAGGCGAAGAUCCAGGCGCGGUACGACGAGGAGCGUGCGAACCGCGAGGAGGCGAUGCGCGACAUCCGCGACACCCAGGACCGCCUCGGCCGCGCGGCCACCUACGGCGUGCGCGGCGAUGACGAGGGCAUCGCUGGCGGCAGCGGCCGCUUCCGCACCGCAACACAGCUCCAGCAGCGCAAGGAGCAGCGCAAGAGGUACCAGUUCGAGGCGGAUGAGGACGAUGAUGCGCUGGAGGACGAGCUCGACGAUAAUUUGGAUGAAAUCAUGGACGUGACCAAGAGGCUCAAGGCGUUGGGCACUGCGAUGGGAUCCGAACUGGAUACGCAGAACGAUCGCAUCACUCGUAUCACCCAGAAGACGGAUGGUCUCGACCAGCAUCUGUUCACGAACACCCAGAGGCUCAACAGGAUCAAGUAGAUUUGGGCGCUCGUGUAUACGCGCUGUUGAGCGGAUUUCACUCCUACGGUUUUGGUCUGGCUGGAUUAUCUCGGAUACUAUUUACGUGGACGAUGAGGUUGAUUUACGUAAGUACAAAGACUACGACUACCUGCGUAGCGAAGACGACUGUCAGUGUUCAGCGGAAAUGCAGUGUAGACGUUAUCCAACAAGAUGGACACUUAUUGUCAACGUUCAC